AGCUGAACUGGUAUUUCUAGGUUUUAACAGAAGAAAAUUUCAUUCCGAAGACUGCACUUCAGUUCGCUCUCGAUCAGUCAUUUGAUGCUCUUAUAGUGGAAGAAUGAUGUAUGGAAGUCAAUUCGAUGGCAACGCUGCCUUCUCCGGUGGCGGAUUCAUGCCAUCUCAGACCACCCAGGCCCCUGAUCAUUCCUUAUCUCCGGCGAAAAAUAGAGAUGUCCAAGCGUUGCUUCCAUUAACGGUGAAGCAGAUAAAUGAUGCAUUCCUGUCUAAUGAUGAUAAAUCAAGCUUUGUCAUUAAUGGUGUUGAUGUUAAUAAUGUUAAGCUUGUAGGGAUGGUGAGCAAUAGAGCAGGAAGAAUUACUGAUGUGACUUUUGCACUGGACGAUGGCACAGGACGGAUUGACUGUAGCAAAUGGGUCAAUGAAGCAGCAGAUUCAAAUGAAGUUGAGGGAAUAUUGGAUGGCAUGUAUGUUCGGGUCCAUGGCCACUUGAAAAGCUUUCAGGGUAAAACAACUUUAAAUGUCUUUUCUAUCAGGUCUGUUACCGACUAUAAUGAGAUCACAAGUCACUUCAUAGAAUGCAUAUAUGUUCAUUUCUACAACACCAGGUUACGGAAACAACAUAGUAGUAUGACUACUCGGCCACAAAUGACAAAUUUAUCUAAUUCGCCUAUGAAAGGAUAUCAAGCUGCCUCUUCAAAUCAAUACUCUGGUCAAGUAGGAGGUGGUGAUCGUUGGAAAAGCCUUGAGCAGAUGGUCUUAGAUUUUUUGCAACUUCCUUCAUGCGAUACUGAGAGGGGGGCACACCGUGAUGUCAUUGCACAAAAUCUCAAUGUUCCAAUGGAAAAGCUCAUCCCAGCAAUGAAAAAUCUUGAAGAGGAAGGCCUAAUCUACUCAACAACUGAUGAUUACCACUUCAAAUCAACUGCCAAUGGUUGACGUCUCUAUUAUGUUUGUAACUAAUGAAUUCAAGGCAAGUUUAAUUCCUGCCGUCCUUUUCAUAUGGUUUAAGUUGGGAAAAUCUUUGUAGUCAAAAUAUGAUCCGUCUGUUUUAGCCUUUACUAUGUGACCUGCCAAGCGAACAGAGGAAAAAAAGGAGAGAACAAAUGGUCCCACGGCUAUGGCUUGUUAAAACUAUUAUAAUGACAUUUGUUUCUAUUGUGCAACAUUUUUUAAACGAACUAAUAUAAUGCUCAGCACAGAUGCAGCCUACAGAGGUGAUUUUGGCUGAUUC